AUGGAUCAAUUGAAUACUGAUUUUACAGUUUAUAAUGGUCAUAAAAAACUACCACUUUUCAAUAUGAUUCCAUUAGACCAUUGGCUAAUUGAUGAGCUUCAUGUUAUGUUGAGGAUAACUGACCGUCUUUGGAGUUUAGUCUUGAAUGAAUUAAAAGAUGAAGGACUUUUUGAUGACCUUGCUUGUGAGAAAGAACAAGGAUUAGAAAGCUGGAGCUAUACGUCGUUGAUAGGAGAGGAUAAACUUUAUAAUAACUUACGAGAUAAUACAACAGAUCCGAAUACUUUUAAAAAUGAUGCAAAAGAAUGGUUAACUUUAUUUUUAACACCUUCUAUCAGUAAUUGGGAAGCGGAUGAAGAGGUAGUUUCAGGCCUUUAUUUACCAAGCGAUAUUACACCUUAUAUACAUGUUCUGGUCUAUCAUGUAGCUGAAAUAAUGCAAAUUCACAAGAAUUGGGGAAUAAAAUCUUUCUUAUGUAGUUCCGUUGAAAAAAGAAUCACUUACAAGUAUCUUAUUUCUUCCGUAAAACCUUAA